AGCACUUGAGUCGGACAGUGCGAUCAGAAAGCCUGCCAGCCAGUUGACAGAAGAGACAUACGGCGAGAACAGUCUCAGAAGGCGUCUAGCAAGCAAGUUAAAAGCUAGUAGCCUACGAAAAGCCUCGAAGUCGCGCAAAGACUGGACCAACGAGUGAGAGAGAGUUAAAGAAAGAAGCAGUAGAGAUAGGACACCCUGUACUCUGUGUGUACCGUACUCCUGGAAGAAGUUUCCUGUAGGCCCCAGAUCCAGGAUCAGCUGCCCCUCCUCCAAUCUCAAUCUUAAUCUCAGGAGGGAAGCACACAACUGAAUUAAAAUCAGCAUCUAGAGGAUAACUUCCUCCUAAUCCUGGCGUUCCCUGGAGACAGGUGUUUUUGAUCUACUUCCAGGUUUAGCGAGAGGAGCCACUGCUGAUAGGCUACCAUGCACCGCUUAAGGACUACGGUUGUUAGGCUGCGGCCUAUCACGGCCCCCCAGACAGRRAAGAGCCAAUCACAAGCCAGGUUGGCAGCAGUGAGAGGGGCUUUGAGGACGUUUCAGCCAAUAAGGAGUUACACUGCGUCUGUGUCGGCCGAGCCUUUUCUGAAUGGGACUAGUUCUAAUUAUGUGGAAGAGAUGUACUACGCGUGGCUGGAGAACCCUAGGAGUGUACACAAGAUUCGGGGUCACCACGUGGCACAGCUGGACCCUCUGGGCAUCAUGGCUGCCAUCGACCCAGGCCCUCCCCCCUCUGACAUCAUCACCUCCAAUGACAAACUGGACCUCUCUGGGUAUAAAGAGCGCCUGUAUGAUCUCACUGCUGAAGAGUUCUAUGGUCUGGAUGAGUCCGACCUGGACAAGGUGUUCCGGCUCCCCACCACAACCUUUAUAGGGGGCAGCGAGAGCACUCUGCCCCUCCGAGAGAUCAUACAGCGCCUCGAGAUGGCGUACUGUCAGUCUAUUGGAGUAGAGUUCAUGUUCAUUAAUGACCUGGAGCAGUGCCAGUGGAUCAGACAGAAGUUUGAGAGGCCAGGCAUCAUGCAGUUCACCCUGGAGGAGAAGAGGACCCUGCUAGCCAGAAUGGUUCGAUCCACCAGGUUUGAGGAGUUCCUGCAGAGGAAAUGGUCAUCAGAGAAGCGCUUUGGCCUGGAGGGCUGUGAGUCUCUCAUCCCGGCCCUGAAGACCAUCAUCGACAAGUCCAGCAUGAACGGAGUGGAGAGCAUCAUCAUGGGCAUGCCUCACAGGGGGAGGUUGAAUGUGUUGGCRAAUGUGAUCCGUAAGGAGCUGGAUCAGAUCUUCUGUCAGUUUGACUCCAAGCUUGAGGCUGCUGAUGAGGGUUCUGGAGAUGUGAAGUACCACUUGGGGAUGUGGCACCGGAGGAUCAACCGGGUCACUGAUAGGAACAUCACACUGUCACUCAUGGCUAACCCUUCCCACCUGGAGGCUGUGGACCCCGUGGUGCAGGGAAAGACCAAGGCUGAGCAGUUCUACUGCGGGGACACAGAAGGCAACAGGGUAAUGUCCAUCCUGCUCCAUGGUGAUGCAGCGUUUGCAGGCCAGGGGGUUGUCUAUGAGACCUUCCACCUCUCUGACCUGCCCUCCUACACCACACAUGGCACUAUCCAUGUGGUGGUCAACAACCAGAUUGGUUUCACCACCGACCCCAGGGUGGCGAGGUCAUCCUCUUACCCUACAGACGUGGCCAAYGUGGUCAACGCCCCCAUCUUCCAUGUCAACGCUGACGACCCCGAGGCUGUCAUGUACGUGUGUAAUGUCGCCGCCGAGUGGAGGGCAACCUUUCACAAGGACGUAGUCGUCGACCUGGUGUGUUACAGGCGUAACGGCCACAAUGAGAUGGACGAACCCAUGUUCACCCAGCCUCUGAUGUACAAGCAGAUCAAGAAGCAGAAAGGAGUCCUUCAGAAAUARGCUGAGAAACUCAUAGCAGAGGGAGCUGUCACCAGACAGGAGUACGAGGAGGAGAUUGCCAAGUAUGACAAGAUCUGUGAAGAGGCUCAUGCCCGCUCCAAAGACGAGAAGAUUCUACACAUCAAACACUGGCUAGACUCACCCUGGCCCGGUUUCUUCAACAUGGAUGGCCAGCCUAAGAGUAUGACCAGUCCGUCUACAGGCCUGACUGAGGAGGAGCUGGGACACAUAGGACACAUUGCUUCAUCUGUCCCUGUGGAAGACUUCACUAUACAUGGCGGUCUGAGUCGUAUACUAAAGGGUCGUGCGGCGAUGGUGGGGCAGCGUGUGUGUGACUGGGCUCUAGGAGAGUACAUGGCCUUUGGCUCGCUGCUCAAGGAGGGAACACACAUACGUCUCAGCGGACAGGACGUGGAGAGAGGAACCUUCAGUCACAGACACCAUGUUCUCCAUGACCAGAAUGUAGAUAAGAGGAUCUGUAUUCCCAUGAACCACAUCGCUCCUAACCAGGCUCCAUACACUGUCUGCAACAGCUCUCUGUCAGAGUACGGAGUGUUGGGUUUCGAGCUGGGUUUUGCCAUGGCUAGUCCCAAUGCUCUGGUUCUGUGGGAGGCCCAGUUUGGGGACUUCCACAACACAGCCCAGUGUAUCAUAGACCAGUUCAUCUGCCCAGGACAGGCCAAGUGGGUCAGACAGAACGGAAUAGUCCUACUGCUACCCCAUGGCAUGAAGGAUCAGGGUCCAGAGCACUCGUCGGCCCGACCAGAGAGGUUCCUGCAGAUGUGUAAUGAAGACCCGGAUGCAUACCCUAAAUUCUCUGCUGAGGAGUUUGCUGUGCGUCAGCUGUAUGACUGUAACUGGAUCAUCGUCAACUGCUCUACACCGGCUAACUACUUCCACGUCCUCCGCAGACAAAUACUACAGCCCUUCAGGAAGCCUCUGAUAGUCUUCACCCCCAAGUCUCUGCUGCGCCACCCUGAUGCCAAGUCCAGCUUUGACGACAUGCUGCCAGGUACCCACUUCCAGCGUCUGAUCCCAGACAGUGGUCCUGUGUGUGAGAACCCAAAGGGGGUGAAAAGGAUUGUGUUCUGUACUGAGGUCUACUAUGAACUGACCCGAGAACGCAAGAACAGAGGCAUGGAUAAUACUGUGGCCAUUGCACGCAUAGAGCAGCUCUCUCCCUUCCCGUUUGACCAGGUGAAGGUGGAGACAGGUCGUUAUCCCAACGCUGACCUGGUGUGGUGCCAGGAAGAGCACAAGAACCAGGGUUACUAUGACUACGUCAAACCCCGCCUCCGCACCACCGUCGACCGCACCCGCCCCGUUUGGUAUGCUGGUCGUGGGCCAGCAGCAGCUCCAGCUACAGGGAACAAAGCAGCUCAUCUGGUGGAGUUACAACGCUUCCUAGAUACAGCUUUUAACCUGGACGCAUUCACUGGGCAGUCCUAACACACUUAUACUAGAAUCCCUAUGCCCUAUACCCCUCAAACUCAACCUCGACCUCGAAACCAGUUCCACUGCGUUUCUUUUUCAUUUCCCCCUCUAAUCAGGGACUGGUUUAGACCUGGGACACCAGGUGGGUGCAAUUAAUUAUCCGGUAGAACAGAAAACCAGCAGGCUCCGGACCUCGUAGGGCAAGAGUUGAAUACCACUGACCUAUACACCACACACUACCCUUACCUCACCUGCUGAAGUUACACUGUUUUUUUAGUCAGGUUUUAACCUGGAUGUAUACACGUGAGUCUUAGUAGACUUAUACCCUAGACUCUAGCCCCAACACCCUUCAUCCUACUCUUAUCCCUAAACCAGCAUACACUGGAUAGUCUUAACACACAUACCCUGAACCCUCAUUCAGUUUCUCUAUAUUAUUUAUAUAUCAAGACACACUAUGAACUGUCUGCUAUGACAGACUUUAGAUACAUUGAUACGCACACUGACUGAUCAUAGGUCCUCUUGCACUGUUGAGCAAUGGAGGGAAAUGUCCACGCAGUUUGACCAUGGAUCCAUUUUAAGAGCAAUGUAUUCAACCAUACGAAUGCCCUCCAUUUUCCUCUCUCUCACUUUCUAUCUCUCACUACUCGUUCUCCAUCUUCUCCAUCCCCUCCUCCUCUGUGUUUUAACCCUCUUUCAUUUAUUCUUCCCAUUCAUCAUCUCUUUUCAUUCCCCUCUUCUUCUUUCUCUCCUCUUGACCACUCACCUCCCUCUAUUUUCUCCUCCUCCCUACUUUUCCCUCUCUUCCACCUCCUGUGCCAAAUGUAAACAAACUUUUGGGAGAUGAGAAAUUACUAUUAUAUAAUAUAAAACAGUGUAUAAGCUUUGCUAGUAACUUAUGAAGAGACAAGGUAAAAAUGCCCACUGGUCUGGCGGGGAUCUCUUUCGGACUAAGUAAAGGAUUUAUUUAUUUUCGUAUAGUGUUCUAUGUUUAUUCUUUAAUCAUUUAUUCAUUCAAUAAAGACAUUGUCGGUGUCA